UGCACGCAGGUGCGGACCCGGCGGCUGAUGAAGGAGCUGCAGGACAUCGCCCGGCUGAGCGACCGCUUCAUUUUGGUGGAGCUGGUGGACGAGAGCCUCUUCGACUGGAACGUGAAGCUGCACCAGGUGGACAAGGACUCGGUGCUGUGGCAGGACAUGAAGGAGACCAACACGGAGUACAUCCUGCUCAACCUCACCUUCCCCGACAACUUCCCCUUCUCGCCGCCCUUCAUGAGAGUGCUCAGCCCCCGCCUGGAGAACGGCUACGUCCUGGACGGCGGGGCCAUCUGCAUGGAGCUGCUCACCCCCCGCGGCUGGUCCAGCGCCUACACCGUGGAGGCCGUCAUGAGGCAGUUUGCGGCCAGCUUGGUCAAGGGGCAGGGCCGUAUCUGCAGAAAAGCUGGCAAAUCAAAAAAGUCAUUCAGUCGAAAGGAAGCUGAAGCAACGUUUAAGAGUUUGGUGAAGACCCAUGAAAAAUAUGGGUGGGUGACCCCGCCCGUCUCUGAUGGCUGAUGGUAGCAACCUGCACUUGACAAAAAUGCUGAACAAAAGUACUGUGACAUCUCCUCAGUGCUGUACACCACCCAUCCUUUUCUACUUCAGCUUCAGUUACAUGCCAUGAAUGUCAAGGAGACAUCUAAGUUAUUUAUGAACAGAUGUGUUUACAGAGGGAGUGGAAAAAAAAAAAAAAAGCUGUGUAGGAUUAUAUUCCAAGAGCGGAGAAUGGUCAUCAUUGAAGUCACUUGAGCGGAUGCUGAGAUUGCGUCAUGUACCCCCAUACAGCCCACAUUGUCUUCAGCUUCUUUCCAUGACAGCAGCACCAAACAGCAGUACUGGAAAGUCUAUCCACUACUGCCUUGUUCAUUUAAAUGUAAAUGAAACAGUUAAUAUUUAAUAGGGAAGCAGUGCAUUGCAGGUACAUGUUUGCUGUGCUGUUUAUCUUUGUCUCCUAGCAGGUCAACAUAACUUGAAGAUUUGUCUUUAUGUGGAACUGUGGUCUGCUGUGACUAAAUUUAGACCUCAUUUGUGCUCUAUAUAUUGACCUUUAAUUCAUAAAUGAUACCAGAAUUAAAAUGCUGAAAGGUCCUAGUGUUGAAAAAUUAUGAAGCGGCAUCACCCAACCAGUUACGAUGUGCUAUCUGUGCUGAUAUUGUGAUGUGCUGUUCCAAAAUAAACCAGUGCAGUUAGCUGAAGGUUGGGUGGUUUUUUCAAAUGCAUCCAUGCCAGGGCUUGGAGUGGUUGGUUGGUGGUAGCAGAACCAUUAUUACCCUGCUGGUACCUUCUGCAGUAGCAUGUGGCCUGUCAGUUCUUCAAAAUGGUGAAACAAAUGAAUGGAAAUGGAGAAAGCAACCUUAAAAAAAUAUCUGCUUAAUUUUGAAAUGAUAUGCCAGUAGCAGAGUAAAAAUUUUCAAGGCAAAUGGAACAUGGUUUGUAAGAUGAUUUGCAUGACUGGAAUUUUCUUUUUUAUUUUCACUCAAUAGACAUUGUAUGUACUUAGAGCCCAGUGUCUGAGAAAACCCACUGAUGUAUAAAAAUGUCCUAUUAUUUAAUCAUUAAGAUUUAAGUUUUCUGGUAAACAAAUUGAAAAAAAACUUUCUAAGGGACUCCAUAAAAGCUGAAGGUAAUGUUUAGAAUGGUAUAAGAAAAGCAUUAAAAAAUAUGGAUUCCGAAUGGAAAAUCGUAUUGGACACAUGCUGAAUAAAAUCACCAGUAUCGUUUC